GGCUUUUUGCGAUUUUGGCCAUUGCUGGACUUCUGCGAUCCCCACCAUCAUCACUCUCUCUCUCUGUCUCUUUUGAGACCCAAAAAAGAAGAGGAGGCUCUCUCUGCUCGUCAAUCAUACGCGUAUGAGUAUUUAUUCCCAAUUGUUCUAGCUGCUGAAGAGAGCUGAUAGGUAAUUGGAUACAUUUUUCUAUAGAAAGCCGGCAAAAGAUUACUGUAGGAGCUAAAAAUUCAAGGCAAGAAGCCCGAACAGUCAGCAUCAGGAAAAAUGGAAUGUUCAUAGUGAACCCCGAAACUGCCUCUAUUUGAACUGGGAAAUAGUGGUUUUAUUCUAGAGGCAAAGAAGUUGAAGAGAUUUUAAUCUUCGGAGAUUUAAGAGCUGUGAUUGUUACCGAUAUAUAACCAAGAUGGGUUCUUUCAAGGGUCAUGCUGUGCCAGGGACGUUGUUUCUUGUAGUUGGGUUGUGGCAUAUAUGGAGCGCUUUGGUCAGAUAUGUAUCCGACCCCAAGUCAUUUCGGGUCCGGGUUUGGAAUCCUGUGCCGGGUUUUGAUGGGAGGAUCAAGUACUUGGAGCUUUAUGUUAUAGCCGUUGGUGCUUUUAUUGAUCUGUGUAUCGAGCUUUUGUAUUCGCCCCAUCUCAAGUUCUUUGUUAAUGGAGUUUUGAACCCUGCUCACAUGAAUGAUUUUGAGCACUCGGGGAUGCUUCUUAUGUUCUUUAUCUUCGGUGUAAUUGCUCUGCUCUCACAGGAGACAAGAUUUCUUCCAUUGCCUGAAGGAGCUCUUUGUCUGAUUGCUGCCACGGCAUUCUCUGCGGAGUAUCUCUUGUUCUACUUUCACUCAACAACUCAUAAAGGCCUCGAGGGGUAUUACCACAUCAUCCUUGUCCUUCUAAUUGGGCUCUGUAUAUUAUCAACUGUUACAGGAGCGCUCCUACCAACCAGCUUUCCAGUUGAUUUAUGCAAUGGUAUUGCCUUAACUCUCCAAGGCAUCUGGUUUUAUCAGACUGCAUUCACCCUCUAUGGUCCGAUGAUGCCAGAUGGUUGUCAGUUGAAGGAAGGAAUGAUCUCAUGUCAUUCUGCAGACAAUGAGGUCCGGGGAGAGUUACUUGCAAACUUCCAGUUCUUCUCCAUAGUUCUUGGUGUACUUGUUGCAGUUGUGGGAGCAUAUAGUUUCAUUGCUUCAAGAUUUGGGCAUUCAGAUCUUACCCGUUUGCAUGCAGUACCUGUAUUGGUUGACGAUCAAAUGAGGGGUUUCUAGCGCACAUCUGAGAAAAUCUAAUAUAUACUGGAGGAAAAACUGAGAAAUGGAUUUACUAGCCGGGGUUGUCUACUGUAGGUGGAGUUCAUCACAUAUAUUCAAAGGAGAUAGUGGCAUUUAUAGGAAGAUUAAUUUUGUCAAUUAUGUAGAGACGUUAGUUCAAUGUCAUGUUAUUUUUUAAUGCUGAAAAUAGUAACCCUGUUUGAAUGGGUUUGUGCUUGGUCCAAAGAGAAAACACAGGAGAUUGACUUCUGUUAUGACCCAUAGAACAGUGGAAAAUAUGACUUUUAUACAAUUUUUUUUUUUAAAUUUUUUGCAAAAUCGUUACUCCAGGA